ACUGGAUAGCAGACGUGAACUCCAGGCUAUUAUCGUCUGAUGACAUCAUGAAACAAAAAAAUAUGACCUUUAAAAACACAUGCAUCGCCUGGUCCACAAAAAAAAGGUUCACAAAAUCACUCGCAGGAAUACAUCGUCUGCGACAUUUUCAAAAGGGAAAUAUCUUCUGCUGGUUUGAUUCCAGACACAGUGUCCCGCGAUAAAUUUCGUUCAAGGUUUGUUGUUGACUAAUUUUUAAGUGAUCUGUUUAUAAGGGAAGCCGUCGGUCAAAAAAUAGUGAUAAGAAGAAGUGAAAGGUUUUGUUUAAAAAAAAACAAAAGAGGGAAUUUGUCAGUUAAAAGUGUUAGUAUAGUUUAAAAGUGUCCGUUAAAAGAAAUAGUAUAGUUUGAAACUUUCCGUUAAUAGUGACUAUAUAGUUUGAUAUUGUCCAUUAACAUGUGACAAAAAGUUCUUUUUAUGCCAAGGAAAGUAUUUUACUAUAAAAAUAGUCUGCCCAUGGAGAGCGUUAAAGACCUCACCUCCCCCCCCCCCAUCCCUUAAGUAAAUUUUUAACGAAAGUUUAAAAAAAACAAAAAAAAAAUACCACAAAAAAAAAAAAAAAAAAAAAAUCCCAAACAAAAAACAAAAAAAAAAAAAGUUUUUUUUAUGCCAAAGAAAGUAUUUUUCUAUAAAAAUAGUCUGCCCAUGGAGAGCGUUAAAAACCCCCCCCCCCCCCCCCCCCAUUUCAUUAGUUAAAUUUUAACGAAAGGUUAAUAGAGACCAACAAAAGUUGUCUCAAUAAAAAAAAAUAAAAAAAAUUCGCCUACGAGAUACUAAAAAAACAAUUACACGCCAUAUGCCAAAAAGAAAUUCACGAGAAGGCAUAAUAAGAAACUAAGUUACAACUUUGAAAAUGAAUAUAUACCAAAGAAUGUCGACCAUUCAAACUAUGUGGGACAGUGGGAGGCAGAGAUAAAAUAGAAUAUUUUCGGAUAACCGAAGACUCCCAUGGAAAUGAUGCGCGAAAGAAGUCGUUGCAUAAAAGAAUUAUACGGUCUGACAUUAUAAACGUAUGAGAAUAUGAUAGGUCUUACAUUACACACGAAUGAGAAUAUGAUUACACAUGUAUGAGAAUAUGAUAGGUCUUACAUUACACAUGUAUGAGAAUAUGAUAGGUCUUACAUUACACACGAAUGAGAAUAUGAUUACACAUGUAUGAGAAUAUGAUAGGUCUUACAUUACACAUGUAUGAGAAUAUGAUAGGUCUUACAUUACACAUGUAUGAGAAUAUGAUAUGGUCUUACAUUACACAUGUAUGAGAAUAUGAUAGGUCUUACAUUACACAUGUAUGAGAAUAUGAUAGGUCUUACAUUACACAUGUAUGAGAAUAUGAUAUGGUCUUACAUUACACAUGUAUGAGAAUAUGAUAGGUCUUACAUUACACAUGUAUGAGAAUAUGAUAGGUCUUACAUUACACAUGUAUGAGAAUAUGAUAGGUCUUACAUUACACAUGUAUGAGAAUAUGAUAGGUUUUACAUUACACAUGUAUGAGAAUAUGAUAGGUCUUACAUUACACAUGUAUGAGAAUAUGAUAGGUCUUACAUUACACAUGUAUGAGAAUAUGAUAGGUCUUACAUUACACAUGUAUGAGAAUAUGAUAGGUCUUACAUUAUACUCGUAUGGUGUUGUAUGUACAGCUCUCACUUUCCGGUGCUUCAGAUUUGAAAUUCUUUUCUUCGCUGAAGAGUUCCUCAUCCUUUUCAGAAACGUAAUUGUGCUGAGCAUCACCCUGUUUUUCACACGUACAAAUGUAAAUGACCGCAUACACUUAAUGAUAGGUCGCACUAUUUUAAAACCAAAAAUUGUGACAUAAAUAAUGGGUGUGACUUUACUUUUAUUCAGUAAUAGGAAGUAGUCCAUGAUUGAUAGACAAAGCUGCAUAACAUCCCCCCCCCCCAUUGCUUACGCUCGAGCAGAGGGCAAUCAGUUAAAAAAAAAAGAAAUUAAAGUUGCUUUUCAUUUUUCAAAUUGUAAUGGAAACACUUUGUGAUUUUUGAUUAACAAACACAAAUUAGAUUUACUAUAUUUACUUUAUUUACGUUAAAAGCAGGACAUUUAACUCCUCAAACUAAGGAACCUUACAGCACACUCAACAGCAGACCUAUCAGCAGACCCAAAAGCAGACCUAACAGUACACAUAACAGCAAAACUAAUAGUACACCUAACAGCACACCUAACAGGACACCUAACAUCACACCUAACAUCACACCUAACAGCACACCUAACAGUAUACCUAACACUACACCUAACAGCACACCUAACAUCACACCUAAUAGCAAACCUAACAGCAGACCUAACAGUACACCUAACAGCACACCUAACAGCACACCUAACAGUACACCUAACAGCACACCUAACAGCACACCUAACAUCACACCUAAUAGCAAACCUAACAGCAGACCUAACAGUACACCUAACAGCACAAAAACAGUCCACCUAACAUCACACCUAACAGCACACCUAACAUCACACCUAAUAUCACACCUAAAAGCACACCUAACAUCACACCUAACAUCACACCUAACAUCACACCUAACAUCACACCUAACAGCACACCUAACAGCACACCUAACAGCACACCUAACAUCACACCUAACAUCACACCUAACUUAACACCUAACAUCACACCUAACAGCACACCUAACAUCACACCUAACAUCACACCUAACAGCACACCUAACAUCACACCUAACAGCACACCUAACAUCACACCUAACAGCACACCUAACAUCACACCUAACAGCACACCUAACAUCACACCUAACAUCACACCUAACAUCACACCUAACAGCACACAUAACAGCAGACCCAACGGCAGAUCCAACAGCACACCUAACAGAAGACCUAACCGAACACCUAACAGCAGGCCUAAUAGCAGACCCAACAGCAGACCUAACAGCAGACCCAACAGCAGACCCAACAGCAGACCCAACAGCAGACCCAACAGCAGACCCAACAGCAGACCCAACAGCAGACCCAACAGCAGACCCAACAGCAGACCCAACAGCAGACCCAACAGCACACCUAACAGCAGACCCAACAGCACACCUAACAGCAGACCCAACAGCACACCUAACAGCAGACCCAACAGCACAACUAACAGCAGACCCAACAGCACACCUAACAGCAUACCCAACAGCAGACCCAAGAGCAGACCAAACAGCACACCUAACAGCAGAUCUAACAGCACACCUAACAGCGGACCUAACAGCAGACCUAACAGCACACCUAGCAGCAGACCUAACAGCAGACCUAACAGCAGACCUAACAGCAGACCUAACAGCAGCCCUAAAAUCGAGUCAACCGCUAACACCAACAUAAGAAAAUACAGAUACCCAGGCCAAAUUAUUAUUAUAUUGAAGAAAAAUGCACAUUGUGGUAUAUGAUGUAAAUUUCACCGGACUAUUUCAGCGGCUCAACAUACCCACAUGCGUUUGAGAACCCCUCUCGUAAACCAUUUCGUUCUUUCCCUCCUCCAGGUUUUGUCGGUCGAAGUCGCACAGCAGCGCAGCACACCACCAAAACCGUCACUCCAGAGACGAACAAUGGGAGCAGGCGAGGGUGUCGGGGAAGGCUCCGGAAAGGGGCGCCUGUGUCCAGGUCUGAUCUGGUCGUUCUGCUGGCUCGUGGUGCUCAUCGUCAUCGGCUGGCCGCUGGCCUUCUUCAUCGCCUGGCUGUACAUCCUGCUGCUUCCCUUCAGCGCUUGCAUCGAUCCGGUCAAGAACGUGUGCGAGUCCAUCCUGAAGGUGGUGCAGCUUCCGUACACGUGUGCCGAGGGCAUCUCUGACAUGAAGCCCUUAUGUAAAUAGUCAACUCUCUCUCCCCCCCGGUGGAAGAAGGCUUGCGACUGGCUGAUGUCUCUAGAACAUCUCGACAUGAUCAGUCAGGGCAUUCUAGGUCAUAGUAUGAGAUUCAAGGGCCAAAAACAGAUUACCUACUUAAUUUUUAAAAAAAAAUCAAACAAUUGAUGUUCAAAUUUAAUGGAUGUCUUUGUAUCUAGUCAUCUUUGAUGCUUCAUGGAUUGUAGCUUCAUCUGUUAUGUCAUACUUUUUUUUGUAUAUAUUGCUUUUUUUAUUGCUCUGUAUCAAUAUGCCACUAAAGCUAAAAGUCGAUAGAAAUCUGGUAGGUUUAUAUCGUGACUAACGACAAAAUUCGAUAGAAAUGUGAUACUUUUAAUCCACGACUGAAGGCAAAAGUUGAUAGAAGUGUGAUAGAUCUAUUCCGAGACUUGAAAAUUGUCAACAACGAUCGAUUUAUAAGUAUAAUUUAAAAAAAAAACAUAGACUGAGAUGAGGAGACCCGGAACCUCUCGUGUUGCUUGAUACUGUUUUAGGUCAUUGGAAUGUUGCGGCAGCAGAUGUCUGUGGUUUAUUUGAUGCUGGUAACAUAAGAUGAACAUGGUCUCGUUUCUUUUGUUAAAAUCUGUAAUGUGUGACAUGUCAGUCACUGUAAUGUGUGACAUGUCAGUCACUGUAAUGUGUGACAUGUCAGUCACUGUAAUGUGUGACAUGUCAGUCACUGUAAUGUGUGACAUGUCAGUCACUGUAAUGUGUGACAUAUAAGUCAUGACAUUUCUUAACAAACACACACAUAAAACUGAAGUAAAACUACCCCCCUCCCCCAUUUUUUUCAUCUUCCCUUCUAAAAAUAGACCCCCCCAAAAAAACAAAACAACGAAACAACUAGAUCUAAACUAAAAUCAACACACUAACAGAAGCACACACACACACAAGCACACACACACACAAGCAUACACACACACUUGUCAUCUCCCUCUCUUUCAAAGAAGACCCAGUUGUCUGAUUUAUCUUGUUAACAAUACGAUGUAUAUCUAAAUACUUUUAAAAAAAAUAAAUAUUUUUUUGGUUUGGGGGGGGGGGGGAAUAAAAAAUGUAAGGCAUUAAUUUUUUUUUUUUUUUAAAUAGUUUUUUAAGCUGUUUGUUAUAAGGCUAUGUCUAUGCUAGACAAAAAAAAAAUAUGUGAGAUCUGUCUAUAUUAUACAUAUGUUUUCGUUGGUACAAUAAAUAAAUAUGUAUAUGUACAAGUAUGUUAGUUAUGUCUUUUAGAAAAUGGCUCACUUGUUGCUAAAAGGUUUUUCUUAUCUUAAUUUCAAAACUGGAGAAACAAAAUUAGCUUAAGAAGUCUUGAAAUACGGCUAUGUACGAAGUGUAGUUGAACACAACAUUUCAUGAUUUUGGUGAAGUAAACACAUUAACAAAAUGAAUUAUUAAUCUGAUUAGGAAAAUACGUCUUAAAAAAAUAAGAUGCAUAAAAGUCUGUUUACAAAACAAAUAAACUAAAAUAUUUAUAUAUCCUAGGGGACACCGUCCAGCACCUACAGAAUUAGAAUCACACUUUGGGUAGGUUGGCCCUGCGUAAAGCAAUUUCACCUCAAAAUUCAACACCCC